AUGACUACCACGUCCAAGUCUUCUUCUUUUGCUCUUCUCUCUACUAUUCCUCCUCAUGUUGAACCCACUUGUUUCUCUGGGUUUAAAUACUAUGUUUUGUUCAUUGAUGAAUCUAGCAAAUUUACUUGGGUUUAUCCUCUUUGCUAUAAAAGUGAAGUGUUUGCCAAAUUUAUGGAAUUUAAGGUGUUUGUUGAAAAUCAAUUUGAGACUACUCUUGAAAAUUUUCGCACUGAUGGUGGUGGCGAGUACACUAGUUGUUCGUUUGAGAUUUUUCUUAGAACACAUGGCAUCAUUCAUCAAAUGUGUUGUCCACACACUUUUUCCCAAAAUGGAGUUGCCGAGAGGAAACACAGGCAUAUUGUCACUACUAGCAUUGCUUUGCUACGACAAUUAGGUCUUUCCCUUGCUUAUUGGUUUGAUGUUCUUGCUAUUUCUGUCUUUCUUAUUAAUAGGUUGCCCAGUUCUAAACUUCAAAAUCAAACUCCUUAUGAGAUUGCUCUUGCUUUUGUUCAGCCAGCUGCUGUAUCAAUUAAGCCAUCUAUUAUUUUCUUUCAGCCUUCUGCUCCUGCUGUUUCUGCUUUGUCAGAAGCAAUUGCUCCUGCUUCUGUUCAGCCAUUUGUUGUAUCAAUUCAGCCAUCUGUUGUUUCCUUUAAGCUUUCUGCUCCUGCUCUCGCUGUUGUUCAGCCUACUGCUGCCCCUGGCCUGCCUACUGCUGCUACUGUCUUCCCUGGUCUGCUUGCCACUGCCUUGUCUCCAUCUUUGGCUGUCUCUCCCUCUAUUCCUAUUUCCUCUCUAACUAUUGAUCUCCCUUUUGUGCAUCAUAUUUAUGCUUUCCCUGCUCCUUCUUACUCUUCUCUAAAUAUUCAUCCCAUGACUACCACGUCCAAGUCUUCUUCUUUUGCUCUUCUCUCUACUAUUUCUCCUCAUGUUGAACCCACUUGUUUCUCUGGGUUUAAAUACUAUGUUUUGUUCAUUGAUGAAUCUAGCAAAUUUACUUGGGUUUAUCCUCUUUGCUAUAAAAGUGAAGUGUUUGCCAAAUUUAUGGAAUUUAAGGUGUUUAUUGAAAAUCAAUUUGAGACUACUCUUGAAAAUUUUCGCACUGAUGGUGGUGGCGAGAAGACGUUUAUACAGUGUAACCUCCAGAGAACUUCUACCACUGUUACUUUUCUUUUGAUCUAUGUGGAUGAUAUUUUAAUUACUGGGAAUAGUGCUGAUCAUAUCACUUCUCUUUUUCAUCAUAUGCACAAAGCCUUCUCCAUGAAUGAAUUGGGUGAUAUUUCCUAUCUUCUUGGUAUAUCUAUAGCUUGCAUUGCCUCUAGUUUAUUACUCUCUCAGCCCAAAUAUGCCACUAACAUUCUCAACAUGGCUGGUAUGAUAAAUUGUAAACCAUGUUCUUCUCCCAUGGCCUCUAAAUCCAAUCCUCUUUCAGAUACUUUGGUGACCUUUUCUCAGCUAUCUCUGUAUCGUAGUAUUGUGGGGGCCUUACAUUUUAUGACUUAUUCACCCAAAAAAAAAAAAAUUGGUUUACUCUUCACUCCUGGCUCUUUAGAUUUGCAUGCUUUUUCUGAUUCGGAUUGGGCCAGAGAUGUUCUUGAUCGUAAAUCAACCAUUGGCUAUUGUGUCUUUCUCGGCCCUAACUUGAUUUUAUGGUCUGCAAAGAAACAAUCAACUAUUUCUCGGUCCUCCACUGAAGCAGAAUGCAGGGCUCUUGCUCAAGCUUCUGCUGAACUUCAAUGGCUUCGCAUGCUUCUACAAGAACUUUCUCUUUCUUUUGCCACUCUUAGUGUUGUAAUAGUUUUUUAA